AUGACCGAUAAUAUCCCCCUACAGCCCGUGAGACGACCGAAAAGACAAGACAAUAAACACAAAAAUGGGUAAGGGCGUUAGACGGGUCAGAAAUACUAAUACGAAGCCAUUUUGUCAACGGUUGAGCUCGUGGGCGUCUGUUGAUGUCAGUGUGUAGCCGUUAAUUUGUGACAGGCGCGAGACGACAUUGUUUCUAUAUGCAGCUAAACGUUGGCGCCUUUUUAUAGCAUUAAGUGAAGACGGACAUGGCUGAAAAUACAUUUAUCGUUGUUAAUAUUGUGUGAAUGUUCGUUUCUGAUGUGAUAAUCAAGCUAAAGCUCCGGCAGAGCUCUCUGUUCCGAGGGAGCAGUUGGAGCAAGUGCAAUUGACGCCCAUGUCAAUAUUUGCUCGCUUGAAUGGAGCUCAGGCUGUCAAAAGAGCUUAAAAACCACGUUGAAAUGUAGGCCCCGACCCUAAAAGAACCGUGUCCUCAAUUCACAUUGAGGUAAGGAGAUGCUUUGCGGGUUUAUUUUGACCAGCACAUAAAGAGGCAGGCCUUUUAAACGAGGAUGAAGGGCAGACUCGGUGCUGAAAUGCAGCCAAUCGCCUGACCAUGCUAUCGAGCUGAUGUCACCUCCUUUUACAAAUACAUUACAGACAAAACAAGUCCUGAUAUUCUGCUACUGGGGCGUUUUAGCUGUUUAAUAUGCAGUUACAGUCACAGUCGAACCUGGCUUGAUGUUUUCCAUCUAGCUUACUUGUCCAUCCUCUGCUAGUUAUCCAUCAAACUGCCUGUUUAUUAGGAACACCAUGGCUAAAUCCCAAUGCAAGGUCCUUCAAAACAAGGCCUGUGUAAAUACUGCAAUGUUUAUUCGAGUUUUAUAUGAACAAUACUAGUUGAAAUAACAACAAUCACUCUCUGUUUGGUGUGACAUAGUUUAAUAGUAACACAAAACAGGUUUCAUCCUCUGAAAUGGGCAUAAAUAGGCACAUCUAAAGCAAUUUUAACAAAAGAAAAGACGUUUAUGAGGUUUGAUAUGAAGCAGGACUGAUUUCUUGACAGCUUAAUGCACAAAAGAAACUGCCAAUGAAUUAAAAAUACAUUGGCAGUUUCAAGUGUCCCAUUUAUCAUUCAGUUUACAAACUUCCCACUGAGCAAUAGAUGGCUAUUAGACGUCUAGUUAUUUUUCAGACCUAAUUUCAACUUUCUAGAUUCUUUCAAAAAGCAACUGUGAGUAGCAUAACUGAUCUCCAAGUACUUAACCAAAAUAAUUAUGAUAGCCGUUGAGCAAUAUACAGUUAGACCUCUGUUAGCCGGUUUGUCUAAACUUGGUCUAAAUUUAGACGUCUAAAAAACUUUCAUUUUUAGACCUGUGGUAGCCUGAUUUUGGACCAGUCGUCUAGGCUACGUCUAUUAGACUUCUUUUAGACCAAAAAAUGCUCAGUGGGUUAGGUUUAGGUCGGGGCUGAAGGAAGCAAUAAAUAGCAUUGUUUCUAACUCAAUUAAAUGACAGAAAACAGACUUUAUUUCACCCAAUACCCCAAAGUAAUCUUUAAAGAAAGCAAGUCAUUUUCAAAGAUUGAUUAAGCUGACCAAAUGUCAACAUAAAGGGGAUUGUUUUAAAGCAUUAACAGGGAAAGUGGCCCAAGAUUAAGCAGAUUAAGCAAGUUAAUUCUAACAACUUGUUGGACAAAAGAGUGCAGACUAAAUAUGUCCAUUUAGAUUCUCAUCCAUCCAGGUCAUGGUUAUCUUGGCAACUGGACUGUAAAGAAUUGAGAAGACGUGACUAGACGAAGACGCAGACUAAAUAUGUCACACGCUAUAAUAUUUGUAGCCUAAGCAGUUAUUGAAAAGACAAAAUAGCUGAAUAAUGCUUGAAAUACUGAUGGACAUUUCAUUGUGAAAACCUGUUCAAGUACGAGGUGACAGUGAACACACAAACGCACUGCCUGGGGCCUGAAAUGUCAGCAGCCAUUGUUCAUUUGAUUAUCUAUACUUGAGCUCUCCGUACUCCUACUACUUUCCAGGUCUUAUCUGCAAGAAGAAGUGCUGCCGUGUCUCUGCUGUCUGUACUGCUUUGAGGCUCCUAGGAUUUGCAAGUGUGGCAGGAAGGUUAUUUCAUUUAAAAUUACAGGAAGGCAUAUUUAGUCGAUAUUUAGACCUGAUCUAACUACAUGUAAAGCUUCUCCUUGAAAGUGAGCUGCCCUGGAACCGCUGCUAGAAAGCAAGGCUAUAACAAAAACAUAUUAUUGAGCAUUUAAUGUGUAUUUUUUGUGUUCCAGGAGGCAAAAAACUCCAAGUAUUUCAAUAAAAAUGUUAAUCCUCAUACAAGAAGGACUGGAAUAAUCCAGUGCAAGUCUCUUCUGACACACGUUUGUUCAGUGUAACAGGUGCAGACUGUGUUUCCAUUCAGUUGAGUCAAAGUAGCAGCUUUAGACUAUAGCAUAUGGAGCAAAGACAUUGUGUGUUCAAUGUCCCAUUCACAAACUGCAAAAAAGUGCAAAAGGCCUGACAGAUAUCCUAAACAAUAUAAGUGAGUCAUGGGUUGUAAAAGUAUUGUUUCUUUCAUGCCUAGUCUGCAAAUGGAGCCGCUUUGUCUGCAGCUUGGAGGAUUUAAAUGUGUUUUACUCAUAUUUUGUCCAUAUUGAGUGUUUUAUAGCUCAGACUGUACAGUAGGUCUAUUGUUGGACUCUGAGUUGAUAGAUAUGGAAUGUGUUUUUUUUGGUUGGAGUCAAGGGAGUGGCUCUCUGUUUCCUGUGUAAGUUAAUAUUUAUUUAGUAAACCAGAAUCUCAUGGAUCUGUGGCUCUGUCCUGUCUGCUCUGUGGGUUUAUAGCUUCAAUUAGCAACAUAUUAACAAAGAGAUGUGACAAGAAAUUCAUUAAAAAGGAGCACAGCCAUGAGAGCUUCACCUCAGAGGGCAAAUCUGCAGCCUGUCUGUUUUAAACACACUCAUGAAUGAUGAAUCUAAUCUUUAAUUCUCCGCCUCCACCUGUCUCUUCCUCUCAGGUGUUGCCCGUGGUCGAGAUGCUGCGGCAUGGGUGACUUCCGUCCCCGCACCGUGUGGCUCGGCCACCCAGAAAAGAGGGAGCAGAGGUACCCCAGGAAUGUCAUUAACAACCAGAAGUACAACUUCUUCACCUUCCUGCCUGCGGUUAGUGUCAGUCAAAGGUCACCCCCCCGACCCCCUCUUUAACCCCUCAAUAUCACCACCCACCUCUCAGCCUGAUUCACCGUCACUUCUCGGACACAUUUUCCCAUUAAGACAAUUUUGAUGGAAGGAGUCGUGCUACAAUGUUGUCAAGUUCUCAGUGUUGGUUUGCUCAUAAUCUGGGUGGUCUGUGCAUAAAGUGUGACACAUUUCAGUGACUGUUUUCAAUGAUAAUCAAUCUUGGGGUAAUUUUCUAGAUUUAAAACUUGCAAUUUAACCAAAAGUGUGGUGUCAGACAAAGAUAUGCACAUAUUAGAAGAUAAAUUCAGAGAAAUUAUGAUUCAGAAAAAAUCUGGAGAUGCACAAAUAGCUGUGACUUUGGCUAAAAGCUGCUGUGAGGAGUUUUAUUGUUCUUAAAUUGGACUUAAAUUUGUAGCAAUGCCUUUUUAUGACCUACAAAACCUUAUUUAUGUGAUGACAUGUAAUGGUGACAAGAGAAAUGAAGUAAACGUUCCAGCUACAUUUGAACAAACAGCUGAAUGUUCUCUGAGGACAUGACCACAUUCUUGGAAGGAAAUCAUAUGCACAGAUGUGACACUGGUUGAACAGGAUUUACUGUACUAAGCUGCGCGUGCUUGACCCGAGCCUGAUUUUCAUAUGUAUUUGCUUUCCGGACAUUCAGUUGUCUUAAGAUCUUAUGAGUUUUUUUGUAUAUGAAGUCAGACAUGUAGCUCAAAUUUGUUUGGAGAGCUAAAGACGAGAGAUAUCGUUUGCAUUGCAAAUUGUGAUGUUUUUAUCGUUCAUGUUAAGAAGUUUUUCUCAGUUGGACACAUCGUCUUGUUUAUUUCCCUAUGCAUGGUUUUAUAUCCUUGUGUGUGUGAGGAGGACUCAUGGUUUCCUUUGGUUGUCAUCUUGCACACUGGUGGUAAUGAAACUGAGUGAAGUUGCCUUGUCAUGCUAAAUUGGCAAACUAGAUUUGGUGUCCAUGUUUCAAAGACUGUUUGAAGGAUUUAGUGUUUAUAACUGAGCGGCAUGUGGCUGGAUAAGUUUUCCUUUUAUAGACAUGGAUGAUCUACCAGGAUUUAUCAAGAAAGUUUCUCAACAGUCAAAUUUCACAUUCAGUUAUCCUUCUCCUGGCUGAAUAUGACCAGUUUAGAAACUAAUGAUGAACUUGAUCGACAUUACGCGUUUUCAAAAUUUAGUUCAGAGCAGAAAAUUAACACAAAAUUAGACAAAACCUGACAGAAAAUUACACAAAAAUGCACAUUAUAUUACAACAGGACAUGACAAUGUGAUACAACCCUGUAAGGACAAAGCAGAACUCUAAAGUUGGUGCCAUCAGUAAUCUAAUUUGAUCAUAAAUGAGUGCUACAGCUAUUUAUCGACUGAUAUCAGUUUUCUAACAGUCGAUACUGAUACUGAGAGAGCAGGUUGGCUGAUUGCUGAUAGAUAAUGCCAAUAUUACAUUGUUUUUCUUGGCUGUUUGUUUAUAUAAUUACAAUAAUUCCAACUGGCCUUAAUUAAAUGUUUUAUUAAAUAAAUUCAGACAGAUAAAAACUUGGUUCAGUGAAAUCAUCCCACAAGGAACUUUUGGAUUUCUGUUCAGAUAUUUGAAAUUAGUUAGAAAGAAUGAAAAUAUCAUUAUUAUUUUUAUUAUAAAACUGCAUUUUUCUUAACAUUAUAAUUGAAUUUCAAUAUGCAAUAUAAGCAUUUUUCUUUUAUUGUGCUUUAUAUUUGAAUAUCUGUACCAGCAGAUUGAUGGUAUUUGUUGUUCGGGGAGACUUUUCAUCUACCAACCCCAACAUGAUCUUUAGUUGCAGUAAGUUUCAGACACGGUCAUAUAUGUAACGUAACUGUUUGUUUUGUUUUUUUAUUCCCAGGUGCUCUUUAAUCAGUUCAAGUACUUCUUCAACUUGUACUUCCUGCUUUUGGCCUGUUCUCAGUUUAUUAAGGAGCUCCGCCUUUAUGCACUCUACACCUACUGGGUCCCUUUGGUAUGUUACAUUUCACAUUACUUUAAUACUCAUCAUUUUGAUCCUUUAAUCACAUAAAAAAAUAAUAAAACAUACUUUACUGAUCUUGAAAAUGUGCUCAUAAACAAAACCCACAACACUCACAUAUGUUGAGUUAAUUUUCUUCAUUUAACUCAACAUUUCUCUCUCUCUUUAGGGUCUAGUUUUAACUAUAACCAUCACACGAGAGGCGGUAGAAGAAAUCAGAUGCUACAUCCGAGACAAAGAAGUGAACUCUCAGAUUUACAGCAAGCUUUCAACAAGAGGUAAGAAGGAGCAGUGCAUGACACCGGUUUAGUUUCAUCCGUGUGGUUGGUUUGCUCAUUUCUCAGUAUACAUCAGCGCUGUGUAUUAACUGUAGGAGGCUGCUCCUAUUAAAACUUAUUGGGGCUGGGGGAAAUGGUGGGUAAUUCAAAGCAGAGAUGUAAAAGUGUACAUAAGAGGCCUCGGUAUAAAGUGCUACCAGCAAUAAAAAGCAGGAGACCUCUUGUGGUUUCCAUCACUUUGCUCCUUUGAUGUGGCAGCUUGUUUUACCCAUAAACACAAUGACUGGCUGCCUCCAUGAUAGCCUUCCCACGUGCAUAUACUGCGGUUUAUGGGAACUGAACUGCGUCAGAACUCGGUGUGAUGUUUUCUGGAGUGGGAGGAAACUGAAUCGAGUUUUUCUUCUUUUGUUUUGUUCGCUAAAAUGUUGGUUUUGUCCAUCGCUCUAUCAGUUAAUGAGUAAUUUUGUGACAACAAUGACCAACAAUGCUUAUGGAGAUUGAUUAUAUUCAACAAAUCUUCCUAUUUGAGAAGCUAGAAGUUGAAAAUGUUUGUAAAAUAGUUGUAGGUUUCCUUUUUUUGUCGUUGGCUCAGUUUAGAGCAACAGAUGUCGCCUUAAAACGCACGCUUAUUCCAAUCUGAGCUUCACUUUUCUGCUGCUUUGUGUAAGAAAGCUCUAUUGUGAAGCCUCUUGAACCCCAAACGCAUAGCAAUAUUAAUGUGCUUUAAUGUCUUACAUAUGCAAAGCCCAGAGGUCAGGAGAGAGGUCAGGGGUCAGCGGUCUCCUCCAAACAAUUUUGCCUGUUCAUUCCAACUGAAAUGAGAGAAAAGGCUCCACUCCCCCGGCAUUCUUUCAGAUCUGCAAGGAAAAUUGCUUUGCUCAAAUUCACGGGGGUGACUGAUGAGGCAUGCAGGACGACAGGAGGACACGAGGACUCAAAUUUGAUGUGAACCACACGGAGGGACUUUGUGUGCUUUAAGAACUGAUAUCUGAAGCGUCCUGUCCUCCUGAAUCAUAAAGAGAAAGGCCGAUUUGAAUUUUGUGUGUAUUUUGCAUAUGAAACCCAUCAAACAAUUCACAAUGCUCCUUUGCACUUCAUUAACUCUUGAAUUUGUUCUGGUUGGCAGGCACGGUGAAGGUUAAAAGCAGUGGGAUCCAAGUCGGAGAUCUUAUAAUCGUGGAAAAGGUUUGUCAAAAAUAGUUUGAAGUGUUUUUGUUUCGCAGACUGUCAGCCGAUCAGGAGCAGGCUGUUAAUCUUGUGUGUGCUCCUCUGGUGACUGAGGUGAAAGGAGUUAGUAAAGAUUUUGUAAUCUUGUGAUCAAUGCUGAGCCUCGGCUUGUCAAACUCAAUACAUAAACAACAGACCCAAAGUUAAAACGCUUUUAAUUAGAUCUUUAACUCAAACUCAAUUACUCACAAGUUAUCGUUUGAUUUUUCCGCUCCUUUAAAUUCAGUUUAUUGUUUGUGAGAGUUUUAAAAACACAAAUUAGUCAGAGUUGUAAAGGAAUCUCGUCUCUCUUCUCUGAGGUCUUUGGGCAUGAAAUAUGAGAAGUGAGUCCUGUCUUCAGUUUCCAACUGAGAGCUUCUUUCUGAAUCACUCAUUUAAGAGCAGCUGAAGGAAAGGUCACACAUGUUGUCCCACACGUUUCACUAAUAUGACUGAGUGAUUUAGAGUUAUGUGACUUACUAAUAAUAAUGAGCAGAGGUGAAACCGGUGGCGAGGACAAAGAAAGCUUUAGAGUUUCAAAACUUUCCAUGAAGAUAAAAUAAGACAUCUUUAUUAGACUUUAUUGACCUCUUAGUAAGAAUAAAAGUCUGAUUAUCAGGACGCUGCCCACAUAGAUUGAAGUGCAGAGGAGGGAGCAGGUAGAGCAGAGUGUAAAACCAGGCUGGGGUUUGCAGGAGGGCUUUCUUAUUUUGACUGACUGGCUGUUUGGUAAUGUGACACAUAAAAAGUCUUAAACUUUUCCUACAGUUAAAGAGCUGCUGGUUCGGGGUGAAGGAUCAGGAAGUGAUGUUGAAGUCAUGUUUUUCUUUCUGCCUCUCUCUCCUUUUAGAACCAGCGUGUUCCUGCUGACAUGAUCUUUUUAAGGACCUCUGAAAGAAAUGGUAAACAUCUGCUGGUCAUUCAUCCAGAUCUCCACAACAGGCCGGCUGCCGGGCUGGCUGUCUGGGGAAAUGACUUGUUUAAAAGGGCGCUGAGAUGCAGGGAUUAGCCUUGAGCCGGGGCAGGAAGUCCUACAAUGUCUAAAUUGUAAUUGGGUCCAGUACUAAACUAUCACUCAAAGUUCUUACGGCGCGAUGCGUGGAUGUGAGAUGGACGCUGAAGACAAAACAUUGCCCUCUCUUUUCAUCUUCCAGUGGCUCAUUUUGUUUCUCAAAUGAGAGAAUAACAAAAGUAAAACAGGGAUAUAAAAAUCAAAUGCAGAGAGAAAACAGGAGGCAUGAGAGGAGGGCGCCUCAUCUGAAUAAUCAAAUAUGGAUUAAGAGAAGAACCCUUAGGGAUAACACAGAGUGAUGUGCUGAUGUGCAUUGCUGCCUUAAUUUGCACAUAAACAAAAUUCACUAAAGUCCUUUUAAAACAACAACCCCCUGAGGCACGGCCUGUAAAAACCUCCUCUCAUGGUGGAGUUUUGGUCGUACCCUCAGCAGACCCAAAUUUGGCCCUGCAGGAGACGCUGGAUCCGCAUCGUGUUGUUGUUGCGUCUUCCUGUCGGGGGAGAAAAAACAACAGCUUUGUUUUACUGGAAAUAGAGCUGUGUUAUCUCUCUUCCAUGUGGAGGCCAUUAGGUCAAUUAUGAAGAGCCUAGGCCAGGGCUGGGCGUUUUGGGCAGGAUGACGCAUGCAGACCCAGUGGGGGGAUGGGUUCUGGGUGGAUGCCUCCACUUCCACACCAACAGUAACUUGCAGCUUUGUCCCAUUCACAAAAAGAGCUGCAAUCCAUCUGUGACUCAAAACUGAAUAUUUUCCAUUAUUCACAAAAGCUAAAUAUAGAUCAAACGAUUCCAGAGAGAGCUGUUUUUAGUUUUCAGAUAGAUAUUCACGUUUACAAUCAUGACUGGAGAUUAUUAUGCGCCUCCUUUAGAGUAAAAGCACAUCUAUUGUUGCCCCCUACAGGUGGAUGUGUUUAUAUCAGGCCUCAGUCGCUGCUCUUGUCCUCUCCUCCUCAGGCUCCUGUUUCCUGCGGACUGACCAGCUGGAUGGAGAGACAGACUGGAAACUACGCCUCCCAGUGGCGUGCACGCAGAGGCUGCCGACUGCUGCUGUGAGUCCAAAUAUAACAGCAGAAAAAGACACUGGGGAUGACGGGGGAAACUGGUGUGCUGAAAUCGAAAUCUGUGUCUGCAGCACUGCCUUUAUUUAUUUAUUUUUAGUGAGAUUUUUUUUGUUCUUUUUGUAUUUUUUUAAGAGAAUGACUGAUCGGUCAAAGGUCCGCCUAGGACUUGCUUCAAGUAAAGUCCCUCAUUGUUAAUUCCGAAGCAGAUGUUUAUGCUUUCAGAACUCAAAUAAUAGUGCAAUAAUAAAAAAAUUAAGUGUACUACUUUUGAAUUUAAAAAGGGUUAUUUUAUUGAUUCUGACAUAUGUGAAUAGACUAUAUCUGGUCCAAAGGAGGAAUUCUUCUCAUCAGAUAUGAACAAUUGGGGCUUUCUUUUGGUUUUCACUUUCUUGCAUGACUUAUUUAUGCACUACUUGCAAUUCAGUGGCAUGUGUUUACAUUCUGCCACAAAUUCCACGGCUAAAUAAAAGCCGCCACACCUAAAAAAUAUUAGUUUUUAUCUCGCAUAGUUCUACCUCGCACUCAUCAGCAGUUUUUCUCCUACAUUCAUUCAGCAGCAGCGGUGAAUUACAUGCGCCGCUACUGAAAUUUUACAUGAUCAUUUAAUAUCAAUGCGCCACUAAUGAGUCUACUCGCACUGUGUGAGCACAACAACACACAACGUUAUUUCCAACUUGUUUUGAGUCAUGAAGGAGUCCAUCAAAUCCUGUCGGACCCUCUUCCACUAAUGUGAAGGGUAACGUUUAAGCUUAUACAUGGUCUGUACAGCGAGUAGCGCGGGUAACGUGAAUGUAAUUCUAGGGGAAACACUGGGGAUAAUUGGCUCAAAUUCUUGACCCCCGAUCAUUAACAAAAAAACAGAUCAGCUCUGAUUAGAUAGUUGAGAUCAGAUCAGGACAUCUCCUUAAACAGUAAAGACUGAGUAAUCUGCUGUAGGCUUAGUGAUGUAUUAGUCCAGGCAGGUUACUUAAUAAUGAGAUUUGAUGAUGGUUAUUUGUUUGACUUUGACAAGGUAAUGAUGGUAAAAAUAACUGUCAGUUACAAACCCAGAGUUCAGCUCAACUCUCACCUUGUGUUUUUCUCAAACUGAGCUGCCUCUGUCAUCUUGCUCGCUCUCUGAAGCCCCCCGGAGACAGGAUGUUUUUUUAAAGAGAGAAAACAAUAAGUGCCUCAGGAUCCACAAGUUCGUAAAAAUGAAAGAACCGUCAUAUAUGUCAAACAACUCUGGAGAUAUUUAUUUUCUGAAUGUGUCACAGCGGUUUGUCUACUAAUUAUGGCCUAGAGCAAAGCCUCUGCAGCGACAUGCAAACAACAGAGCAAACGCUGCUCCUGUAAAGACUGUGAAUGAUAACUGAAAUUCAUCUGUGUUAUCAGAGACACUGAAAUCAUGUUAAUAAGCAGGUUUAUCAAGUUUCGCUUGUUGUUGAUAACCUGAUUACUGUUUUUUGGUGUCUUACAGGACCUUCUCCAGAUCAGAUCAUAUGUGUACGUAGAGGAACCGAACAUCGAUAUCCACAACUUUAUCGGGACUUUCACCAGGGUGAGUGUCUUUGAUACUUUGCCCCCUCUCAGAUGGAUUGAUUCUGAGUGCAGUUUUUAUAAAAGAGCCCAAGAGAGAUUAUCAGCCUCAACUAUUUCUGUGUCACUUCAACAUGACAUGGCUCAUAAUAAAACAGAGAAGGAGCACAAUAAGCCAUACUAUCACACAAAUUCACGCACAGAAAUAUGCUUUAAUUUCUAUAUCUAUGAAACUUCUCUCGUAUUAAAUUAGCUUGUAAAAACAGAGAUAAGUUAUUGUCUUAUGCACCUGGACCAAAGUGAUCAGAUUAAUGUAGUUUGUGAGUUAACAUCAAGAAUGAAGGGAGCAGGUAGCCCAGAUUUUGAUCACUCUCUCUUCUCAGUUCCUGUUGACCGUCCUGUUUAAAUAAAGACAUAAAAUCCUCUAGAUAUACUUCUAAAAGAGAUUAAAUAAUCUACCAUCCAGAAGUAGGUCAGCGCAGACUCUAAUUUAACUGAGGAUUAUUAUGAUAUUAUACACAAAAACACACUAAGUCUGUUAUAAUUAGGAUUAUUUUCACUUGUUAUUGCCCAACAGUUGUAUAGUGAGAGCAUGGUGGAUCUUUGCAUUGAUAUACAGCAGUGCCUGAUAUCAGUAUCAGCUUCUGCUUCAAAUUUACAAAAUAAUCUUCACCUUUAUCCUUUUUUUUCCUGAUUAUUGUCUCAACCGUUACAGGAAGACGGGGACCCUCCAGUUAAUGAAAGCCUGAGCAUUGAAAACACCCUCUGGGCCAGCACCGUUGUCGCCUCUGGUAAUCACAGCCAGGACCAGCCUUUGCUCUGAGCUGAUGUGUUGCUUUUCUUCACAACUGUUGAUCUGAUGACUUGUCUUACUAAACACACACACACACACACACACACUCAUACACAGAAAAUAAUGAGGCAGUCAGACAUUCAUAAAUAGCUCUGGGGCAGGUAAUUAUAAUGGUUAAAAAGUGUGCCUCUUCCACAUGAGCGUAAAUCCACUUUAAACCAUCCUGUCAUAUGUAAUCCAUUAAGCACUUAAAAACCUGCACCCUAUAUUCCUAAUGACAUUCAUUCAUUUGAAAAAAGUCCACUCAUGUCAUUAUUACAAGUCUGGGAAACAUCAUCCUGACAUUGCAUGUUUUAUGUGCCUCCUUUUAUUAAAUUGACCUGAGGCAGCUUUUUUAUGUCUUUUUCUCUCCCCCACUUUAGGCACAGUAGUGGGGGUCGUGAUUUACACAGGCAGGGAGCUGCGCAGUGUCAUGAACACCUCCAACCCUCGGCACAAGGUACAGUAGUGUGAACCAGAGCUCCAAAAAGGAACACAUAUGUGAGGAACAGUGUUUAAAUGUAUGAUAUCGCCUCUUUUUGUAUUUGUGACAGAUUUAAUUGACAUUGAUCAGUAUGUUCUAAACAAACAGACCUUUUCUGUAAAUAUGACUCGUGGUGUUUGCUUCUGUUCCUCCUUCUAGGUGGGUUUGUUUGACUUGGAGGUGAACUGUUUGACUAAGAUCCUGUUUGGGGCCCUGGUGGUGGUGUCACUGGUCAUGGUGGCCCUGCAGCACUUCUCCGGCCGUUGGUACCUCCAGAUCUUUCGCUUCAUUCUGCUCUUCUCCCACAUCGUGCCCAUUAGGUACGGCUCGAUUUUCACUAUUUCAGAGCCGAUUGUGGUUUAAAGUUGUAGAGUUAAUAAUAUCUGUUUGUUGUUUUCUGCAGUUUGCGUGUCAAUCUGGAUAUGGGGAAGAUGGUUUUCAGCUGGAUGAUUAAAAAAGACUCAAAGAUCCCCGGGACGAUGGUCAGAGCGAGCACCAUACCUGAGCAGCUUGGACGCAUCUCUUACCUGCUGACCGACAAAACAGGUUAGACAGCAGGAAACACACUGAAUAAAAGCCAAAUAGUCUGUUUGUGUGGCCUAAAGAGCCGCAGAAGAGAGACUGAGGAGGGGUUACUGUGCAUGGGAUCUGCUGUGGAAGUCUCCAGAAGGACAGAGUUAAGUCAUUUCCUUCCUUAGUGGGGGUUUCUCUGUGGUUGGGGUUUCUCGCUCCCUGAGACCUGCUACUUAUUGGGCCUUUAAAUCAUAAAAAGUCCAAAGUCUCUCAUCUGUACACACCUCUAAAGCACAACACCUCCACCAGUGCACUUCCUCAAGCGUGAGGUGUUACACAUCAGAUUUACAGCCCCCAUGCCCAAUAAAAUGAUCGGCCAUUUCCCCGUCCAGAGCCUGAUAGGGCCGUCGGGGUCUGCGGGUCAGGCUAAUGUACGUGUGGGGCCCCUGAAGUCUUUUUGAUAUACUGGUGGAAAAUGCUUUUAAAGGGAGUGUGAGUGUAGAGGCAGAGGUUUUGAAGGGAAGGAAGCUUUGUUUAUGUGCAAAGAUAUUAUAUAAUAUCUACACACAACAUGAUAUAUGUCCUCCACUCUUCACUCCUAAAAAAAACAGCAAUACAAGUAAAUUCAAAGUAUUAAAGCAGUCAUAAAGAGCUGUGGAAAUAAGUUAAACACCAAAUACAAUGAACAAAAUCUGUUUAAAUACACCCCAAUCUUUCAUAUCAGAUAUCAAAAACACCUAACCUGAGCUCUGAACAGUCAAUCUGCUGGAAUCUACAUAUCUAGCAAAGGCUGGUGCACAUAAUCUACAACAUAUCUAAGAUUCAAACACACAGUUCAGUGCAGGAGAAAGGGAGAGCAGACCGCAGCAGUGGGGAUUUAAAUCAGUCAGCGAUGCCGGUCUUCAUCCAGUCCAGGAGCCACAAUCCUGCUCAAGCCAGCGAGUCAGAGGCUGCACAUGCAUUAGUCAGCAGACACACUGUGGGGGAGCAGACAGAGCUGUACAGCACAAGUGGAAAAAUUCAGUCUUAAAAUAUACAUUAUGACUGACUUAAAUAUAUAUCAUAGCUGUGAAGGCGGCGAAGAAACAAGACCAGAGUCAAACGGGCGAGUUUAUGAUAGUGUAGGAUCUUUGUGGUGUGUUUGCCUUAUAAUGCACUUUCGUAAGCAUCAGAGACAAAUAAGUGUUCUAGUUUAUAUUUAGUGCUGUCCAUUAAUCUGCACAAAAGUGUUAUAUUGUCUUUAUUUUGAUGCAAUCCUUUCCAGGGACUCUCACUCAAAAUGAAAUGGUGUUCAGGCGGCUCCAUCUCGGGACGGUGGCGUACGGGAUGGACUCGAUGGAUGAAGUGCAGAGCCAUGUGUUCAGCGCUUACACACAGGUAUAAAAAAAAAAGUGUAAGUCUAUGAAACACCAGAAAAUGAAUAAAAGAAGAAACUGCGACCAAAGCAGCACAAACAUUGUUAUCAGAAACAUAUCAGUUUGUGAUUAUUGUGCGGUUGAAUGCUUCCUGACCUCAGAUGACACCUUUUGUCCCCCCCUGACACCAGAGGUUAGUGAAGCAGGAAACAGGAUUAGCCCACAAGCGAGGCACUGACCGGACUUCUUUAAUGACGCUACCAUUAACCCCUGGAACGCACGGGCGUCUAAAAAUAGCGAGACCGCAAUGCAGAGGCUAAGUGUCCAUAUUUACUCUAAACAUCUGGUUAUGUUUACACACGGCCAUCACCGCCAUGAUUGAGAUGGAAGGUCAGAAAAGCGGCUAAUUUCUUAGACUGAAACCUUCGCAGCCUCAGCCUCUUCGUAUUUGAGUUCAUACAGAUCUAUAUUUUUACACUUAAUCAGUUCUAUUGAUCAGACUUGACAGCAAAAGAGCGUCUGAACUCUCAUCCACUGCUUUCUUUUUAUUCUCUUCAGCCCACCCAUGACCUCCCUGCGUCCAGGGCUCCAGCGACCACAAAGGUCCGCAAGACCAUCAGCAGCAGAGUUCACGAGGCAGUGAAAGCCAUCGCGCUGGUGCACAACGUGACGCCGGUGUACGAGUCGAACGGUGUGACAGACCAGGCUGAGGCCGAGCAGCACUAUGAAGACACAUGCAGAGUCUACCAGGCCUCCAGCCCAGAUGAGGUACGAUCAUAAGCUGCAAAUACAGCCCGACUUAUUUAAGUUUUAUGAACAGAGAUGGUCUUAAUGCUCGUUUUUGGACCCUCAUGGUGUGAGUUCAGUUCAGUUUGAUACAGCAAACCUUGAUCAUGUUCGAGUUUUUACAGCAGAAAUUAUAAAAACGCUAAGAUCAUAUAUCCUGGAUGACUUUCAAAGUAAAAGACCCUUGUUUUCACACGAUCCUUUUAUUCUGAAAUUGUGUCUGGGAAAACUUCAGAAGGAUCUUUUUAUUUAGAAUCACGUUGGGCUGCAAUUUGUAAGACACCGGUAAAAUAAACUAUCGAUCUGAUGAUACUGACACACAGAGACGCGUAUUUGUCCAUGGUAUAAAUAGAUAAGUCCAGAUAAGAUGGUGACUUCACAGCACCCCUCCUCCUCCUCCCCAAACCUAUGUUGUCACACACACAGCAGCGACAACAAUGGCGGUAGCUGGGGUGAUUUUGAUCUUGUUCCAGCAACUGCAAAUAUCGCUGCGACUUUUAUACCGACAUUUAGAACAACAACAGCAACAACACCAGCUACGGCAACAACAGCAACAAGUGCUCAUGCAGAGACGCAGCAUGUUACGCAUGCACAACAAAUCCACCUUGGAACCAGAACCAGAUGGGCAACCCAAACCCGAUUUUGCGUUGUCAUGUAAAUGCACUAAGCCGAUGUACAAUACGAUGUGUAAACAGCGAUACAUAUUUUUGUGCCGACGCCAAGACAAUACGGGGUCGUCCUCGUGUGAGGAUGGAAAAUAUUUUAUCAUUUAUUAUCUCCGCCCCUUCUUUACCCCUGCUGCUGUAAUUAAGCACCCAUUUUUAUAGGUGUAAUAUGAUUUAAAUAAAUAUAAAGGCAACAAAACAAUCCAUAAACAUGUUCCUGACAGCCAUCAAAGGUGCAUUAAUCAGUUUUAUUCCUGAAUAAGCACUCAAAUGUUUCAGAUAAUUUUCUUUAUAGUGAUUUACCUCUUUGUGAUCCCAUUAUUCAAUUCGAACCUGCUUGAGCGUUAUUUAAAAGCUUCACAGGAGAACAGACUUCCGAUCUUUAGCCGCAGAGUUUGUCAGUAAAGUCCGUUAUCUUCAUUGUCGAGGGGAAACAUCCACAGGCCAAAUGCCGGUCCACAUUUAUGUCCCUGAUCAGUUUAUAUAUUCUUUGAACAUCAGGAAGAGGGCUGCAGGAUCCGACUCGAUCCAUAUCCUGCGGCAUAAAUACGGAUUUCCUUAAUGUGCUCCCCAGCCCAUUGCACUUUUGCCCUUUUGAAUUUCCUCCUUGAUAGCAUGUUUCAAUCAGAGCGCAGCACAUCUGUCACAAUCACGAAUCUGUGGUUGAUAUCACAGGAGGAAAGUGGGGUCGUAUUUUUCUCUUUCAGGUCAGACUGGAUGGAAGUUUUAACAGCUUUUUCUUUGCGUUGCCGAGCCCUGAAAGGUGCAUUGUAUCAGUUCAAUCUCGGGCAAGAUUCAGUUUGUUUUCCCACAGCUCUCAGGAAGUCUUAAUAUAGAUCUGGUUUUGGCUUUGAGCUCUAUGGACACAAUGUCACUGACUGUUAAAUGCAUGGUUUACCAGUGUUGUAGGAGGGAAAGGUGUUUGAACACACAUGGAUUUAACCUGUGAGUAUUUCUUUGCUCAUAAUUUGACAUCUGAAUCACCUUGUAUUAAAAAGGCGACCUAGAUUAUGUGUGAUUCAUUAAAAAGAGCUCAUUUCUGAAUCACUUUAUAGCUCAUAAAGAGCUCGUCAACCGUGCGGUGGUUUUGAGUCAAACCGACUAAAUCCGGCAGUUUUCAGUCCAGUUCAAAAGCUUUCCAGCCAACACAAAUGUUGCUAUUACAAGGUGGUGCUGCCGUUGUGGUUAAACGCCAGAUCCCAAAAUGCCUCCACAGUGACUAUUUCGAGACUGUGACUCAGCACAAACUUCAUAUUUCCCAACCUGGAUGACAAACUUUAUGGUAGUCAGAGCUUUUCUGACGUUAAAAGCGCUCCUGGUCUGGCAUUGCGAUACGACGUGGUCACGUGUUUUCCAAAAUAAGGGAUCGCGAAACCGCAGAAAUUGUGGUUUUCAGAUCAAAAUUGAAAAUGGCGAGUUGUUGUUUUCACUUAUUUGCGUCCAUUUGGCCGCUCGGCUUCUAAAGCUGUCAGAAGAUGGAUGAUGGAUUAGGUAUGUGAUUUGGCCUCUGGUCUGGAAGUUAUUGAGCAAUUUUCAUCUCCCCUCUGUUUCUCCCCACGGACACAAGUUAGCAUUGUGUUAUUAAUGGAUGUCAUCUGUUGUGUCCUUCAGAAAAGGAACGAGCAAACACAAUAUUUUCAGUAAAGAAACAGACAUUUCCCUCAUUUAUCAAUCAAUAGUCCUGAGUGCUGAAAAUGCUCGAGCUAUUGAUCAAAGCAUGAAUGGUUACUGUGCUCUCUGACAUCCUGCUCGCUCCAAAGUGGCCUUCACUCUUUUCUUAGUCAUUCAGGUAAUGGAACAUCGUGUUGCUGUUGUGGUUUCACUGUGAGAAUCUUAAAACCCUCAGCAGGGGUCACAUUUUCCCUUUUCUGUGCAUUACUGGAUAACAAAGACUUUUUAUUAUCUGCUUAAAGCAUUAAAAAUAAAUCAAAGAUGAUGAUAAAAAGACUCUAAAUCUGCCUGUGAAUGUUGGUGAUCACCCACUGAAGCUUUUACUGUGUGUUGUUGAUAGGUGUCGCUGGUGCAGUGGACUGAGAGCGUGGGUCUGACUCUGGUAGGAAGAGACCAGUCCUCCAUACAGCUGCGGACCCCUACUGGACAGAUCCUGAACUUCACCAUCCUGCAGAUAUUCCCCUUCACUUAUGAGAGCAAGAGGAUGGGCAUCAUAGUGCGAGUAAGUGCUGAGAUGAGGCGGCUUUUGGGAUCGAUGCUCUCCUUUCUUACUUAAAUUUUGAGCUUUGUCUUCUCACUCAAAAAGAAGCUAAUUCCUAAUUAAAAAUCAUACAGGACCAAGAGUAUCAAACUUCAACUAAGUCAAGUGUUGCUCAAAUUUGUACACCCUCAAUUCCCCCCAAAAAGUUGGGAAACUUCUCCAGAGUGUGAAAACAUUAAAUACUUGAGGAUCUUAUCAGCUAAGGUUUAUGAUAUCAUUAUAAGAUUCUCUGAACUAAAGGGACAAGGCUAAUAACUGAUACUGAAUGAUCAUGAUGAUCUUGUCAAAACAGGCAAGACUCUGUAGAAGUAAUAAUAAUAAUAACUUUAUUUUUAUAGCGCUUUUAAAAACAGAAGUUUACAAAGUGCUUUGAAAAACAGUCGCAAAGCAUCAGCACAUGGAAAUAAAGCUCAGUUUAAGAACAAGGCCUGCGAAUUGAAUUUGUCAUAAGAAACCAGAACAAUACAAGAACAACAUAAAAUGAGACCAUGAGGACCUAAAUAAAAACAUAAAAUAGGUAAGAAAAAGAAAUGUAUUAAAAAGGGGGAUAGAAAGCAGGAAACAGGAUAGUAAAUAUAAAAAGACAAUUAAUAAUAAUAAUAAAAUAAUAAUGAUAAAAUGGAAUAACAAAAAUGAGCAGGAAAAAAAUAAAAUAAAAUCAAUAAAAGGUCUAAAAGUUAAAAUAAGAAAAGAUUAUAAGUAAAACAAAGACUAAAAGGACAGUAAUUCGAAAUAAAAUAGAGGUAAAAGAAAUAAAAGAGAAACGAGAAAAGACGGCAUCAUAUAAAAGCAAGUCGGUAAAAGUGAGUUUUUUAAUUCGACUUAAAAGAAGCGACUGUCUCUGCUGUAAGCCUUAUCUCCUCUGGCAGGUUGUUCCAAAGUCGAGGAGCUCUGAUGGAGAAAGAUCUAUCACUUUUAGUUUUGAGUCUCGACUUUGGAACGACCAGGAGACCUUCGCCAGAGGAUCUGAGGCUGAGAGUUGGCUCACAAGGUCUUAAAAGCUCUGAAAUGUAGUCCUUUGAGCGCUUUAGAAGUAAUCAAUAAAAUCUUAAAAUAAAUUCUAAAACUGACAGGAAGCCAGUGAAGGGAAGACUAAAACUGGGGCAAUGUGAUGCCGUCUGCUAAAACCAGUUAAAAGCCAAGCUGCUGCAUUCUCAACCAGUUGGAGGUGGGAGAGUGAUUUCUUAUUAAACCAGGGAGGAGGGAGUUACAGUUGUCCAGCCUUGAGAAAAUGAAAGCAUGGAUUAUUUUUUCAAGAUCUGGUGGGGUGAGUAUUUGUUUAGGUCACUGCGUGGGUUUGAAAUCACCUCCAAAAUCCAGGUUAAAACUGUACAUGUGAAGAGGAAUCAAAAAUACAUGAACAUGAUCUAGAAAUGCAGCAUUUUAAACCCUCCUCUGGUGUGAAAAAUCAAAGUUAAACAUUCCUUUUGGAAAUCAUGGACACUGCACACCCUGCUCAGAAGAGGAGACGGACCACCCGGCUUGUUAUCAGCUCUCAGUUCAAAAGUCAGCAUCCAUGAAGGCAUGAUCCCACCAACGGGAGGGAUGAGCGAGGGAGUGUUCAAGGCCGAUUGAUGCUAAAUAUUCCAACUUCAGACAGAAAGAGAGAAAGAGCUGCUGAAGAAAGAAAUCUUUUUGUAAACUUAAGAAACCAUUUUUAUCCAUAAACAGUCAUUACAGCUCUCUCUCUCUUUAAGGCCUGUACGCUCCAUUAAGAAAAACAGUAAUUUUACCUCACAGAACACGCCGGAGCUGCUUCAUCUUUUAGUUUGUUUUCUGUUGGAUCAGAGUUAACCUCAUAAAACAGGAAAGUCAUUUACAAAAAAACACCCCUGAUAAACUAAUCAGUGUAGGCAGCAGUAGACGAGUAAGUCUGGGUCUCUCCGAGCUGAAAUUACAGUUUUUGAGUCUGAAACAAUCUAACCUCUGCAUCCGUCUGAAAAAGCAUCAUUGCUUUAUCUUUGCUCUUUACACCACAAAAUGUUAGACAGGUCCAGCAUCUGCAAAUACAGGAAAUCCCCUUUGAUUCAUUAGAAAUAUUACCUCCAAAAACAAAAAGAGUUCAUGCUUGUUGCUAGGAGGGCAAUCAGGACUUUACACCGGCUUUGACAACCAGACAAACAACAGAUAAUACGAUCGGUAUUAAAGCAUAUUAUCUGAGAAAAACCUCACCUUUAAUAACCUCUGACUAAGUCUGAUGACUAAUUUUAUUUGUUUUGGCCUGGGUUUAGCUCAGGAAGCCUGGGAUUUUAAAACUCGACUUCCUUGUGAUAAUAUUUGCAAAGGUUUUUUGAAACCCCUUGCGAGUACCAAAAUAAGUUGCGCAUUUCCAGGCAACACAAAAUCACCAAAUUUUACACGUGCACCUUUGCUCACGUGGGCACAGGCUGGAAACCCCUUCAGAGUGGAACAUACCCGGGCUCUAACAUCCUAUUUUUGUCCCACUCCGAACACACUCAUUUUUUUGUUUUCUAGGAUGAAUCUACAGGAGAGAUCACUUUCUACAUGAAGGGUGCUGAUGUGGUGAUGGCAGGCAUCGUUCAGUAUAAUGACUGGCUGGAAGAGGAGGUACGUUUCCUUCUUUUUUCCCCUUGACAUGAUUAAGAUGUAAAAACACUGAUUUUAUUCCUGUUAUUAAUAAAAUCAGACAUCAAAAGACUCUGUUGCACGCUAAAUCCAGAUGUUGCGAAAUGUUUUUCAGUGUGGGAACAUGGCGAGGGAAGGCCUGAGGGUCCUGGUGGUCUCUAAGAAGUCCCUGACAGAGGAGCAGUAUCAGGACUUUGAAGUAAGAUUAAAGAAGUUGGACGUUUGGUUUGCUCGCCUCGAUAUUUUUUGACAUUUAUAUACAGCAGAGAAAUCCAGAAAUAUACAUGUCCAAACUGAGAUUUUGCUGAAAAAGGCAGACUGGUAUUUUCUGCAGACAUGUCCAGUAUUCCUAAAUGUCAAAGUGCCUCGUUUGGUAAUUAGAGGGUCCGCUCCAUGCACCCCACCCUCCCACACACACACACACCCAGCCCCCACUCAUUGUUUGAGCAGGGCAGGGCUGCCUCCCCCUGCAGUCCUCAGCCCCAGGCCCCUCUCGCUGAAGUGUAUGAUUGUGUGCGCAGAGCUGGUGGGCAGCAGUGAGUCACAGACUGAGUCACACACAGAGUUUGUGUUCCUGUGUGAGUCACGCUGAAAUUGUUUUUGCUUUAUCUCAUUCCCAAAUUGCCCUGGAGUUGGAGCGCUUGGAGAUGGGCGUUAACCGAUUGAUCACGUCUGUAUUUCCAGAUUUGAAAACAUACAAGUCUACAGGGCUGCUGUUUUGUGGUAGUGAGGCCUCAGCGCAGUUUGGAUGGCGUGUUUUAUGUCGCACAAAGUUCAGUCUGGGUGUGAAAAAACUCAUGUUUGCCCUCUGUGCGACAUGAACCUCUUCCCUCUCUCUUAUUUCUCUCUCCUGCCCGUCAGGCUCGCUACGUGCAGGCCAAGCUCAGCGUCCACGACCGCUCUCUGAAGGUGGCCACGGUGAUCGAGAGUCUGGAGAUGGAGAUGGAGCUUCUGUGUCUGACCGGGGUGGAGGACCAGCUUCAGACUGAUGUCAGGCCCACGCUGGAGAUCCUCCGCAACGCAGGCAUCAAGGUCUGAGAGGGGGGCGGAUGGCAUCAUAGAGCACAGUAGCAACAAAUGAAGGAAAACAAACAAACAACAGCACAAAAACGGAAGAGAACAUAUGUUUUCGUUUCCAUCUACACGAGCAUAUCUUCACCAAGUGUAAUGAAAGAGACUGUAGAGACUUCUCAGCAGAGUUUGAAGUGGUUGUUGGUUUGCGCUCUCCAGAUGGUUGAUAUUAAAUCUCUAACCACAUUUUUAUUUGAAUUAGUGUGUGCACAGCAACCACAAAGAUGAGCUUCAAACUGAUAAUCCCCUCUACUCUGUGCAGAUAGCUCACUUUUGAUGGCUCAGGUUUUAGAGAUUUCUUCACAGUACAGGGCUCAGGAGUUAAUCUCAGCUGUUGGAACAGCUAAAAGAAGAGAAUAAAAUCUAUAACUUUGGGGCACACCUCCCCUGAGUUCCUUAAUUUAAUACAGUUUGUUUCUGCAGAACAUAGUCAAGUAAGAGGUUAUGGAUAUACAAUCUACGCUUUCUACUUUAAUCUGUUAAAAGAAACCUUCUGCAGACAAUUCAUUGGAGAAGAGUUCAUAUAAAGUGUGAGAGCUUGUCCAUGCACGAUCAGAUCACUCAUUGGACAUGCUGAUAACAGGUGUAAAUGAUCCUUAAGACUUGUAAUUUUGCACUGAUGCGGUUUGAUUUGGUUUAAACGACCUUUAGCUGUCUCUUUGUCUUUACAUACCUGAACUUUCACUCACAGGUAUUCUUUCUAACAUGGUGACUUCAACUUUGGGAGCUUUGCACAACACUCCUCUCUGUUCAGCGUCACCAUAACUCAAUCUAAAAUAUUCAUAUUGUAGACAUUACAUAUAUUCUUACUACCAAUGCAGUGUUGGCUUGCUCAACCGCAUUCAUGUUCGUGACUCUGCUCUCUCUAUAAAUGUUUACAGAUGCAUGUUCGUACAUUUAAACUGCAAAUCAUGGCCUGUUGUUCAGUUCAUAUUGCUCAUUAUAGUUGGAUUAGAUGUGUAAUCACAGGACAACUUAAUUUAUUCUGCACGUACAGUGUUUGGUUCCUGACGUUGAAGCAUCUUUUUUUUAUUUUCAGUAAGCUACAGGAUCAAUCUUAGCAUAAAGGGUAUAUAAGUUGGUGCAUCACCGAACCAUCAGACUCAUCAAAUUAUAAAUCAUCUGUCUAUAAAAAGGGCAAAGGUGUUAAAACCCGCAAUCCCGGUGAUAAUCCCCAAAAAUUAGACUCCUAAAUGAUCAAUAAACUCAACUCAAGUAAAAUCAAAACACUGCCAAUGCAACUUAAAUUCAGCGUUUGUCAGCUGUUUAAAGAAAAAUACAAAAGAAGAGUUUUGUUUAACGCAGCAGAAAGUUUGAAGAGCUUAUUUUCCUUUAAACAUGAGUGCUUGUUGUGUAACUGAAGGAGAUGUUACUCUCUGGUUUCUGCGUAGGUUUGGAUGCUGACAGGAGACAAGCUGGAAACGGCCACAUGCACCGCGAAGAACGCCCAUCUCAUCACCCGCAACCAGGACAUCCAUAUUUUCAGAGCCGUAAGUGCAGAACAAAGACUCUUCUUCCUCCGACAUGCUUAUGAGGUGGGAAAUAGUCGAUUUUGUUCUUGUUGGGUUCAUCCCAGUUCAAUUUAGCUCUGACAGUUUCCUGACCCCGCUGACCUGCGGGCAUACAUCCUCCGAGCGACCAAAGCCCAUUAGCCGGUGGUCAUACAGCCCCACACAACUACGCAUACAAACCGGGCCAGCUGAAUAAAUCACCUCCCACCAGUGAAAGCAUCCAAGCCACUGUCAAAGAGAACAAACAGGCCCUCACUCACACACAGAGGAGAAACCAGCUGAACCACUCCCACAGGGAACAUGCACAGGGCUCACUUCCUAAUUUGUUUUGCAGCUUUUGGACUCUCACCGCCCGCUUUGAUAGUUCCCCUCCUGCCUUCCCCUCUGGACUCACGCCAGAGCAGAAGGAGAGCCUGCCAUAUAGGAAGGUUACAACUUGCGUACAACUGUGCUUACUGGAAGAGAAUAACAAUGGCUGGCACGGCUUGAAAACCUCUGUCCCAGCGGACGGGGGAGUGCUGACUGGGCCUGCAACACAUACAUCUGGAUUAGUUUCCUGGUGGCCACCAGGGCCUGAUGUGGAUUGACGUAUGAAUAGUCAGCGGUUGAAGGAUAUUCAUUCCAGAGCAUGGCUGUUGUUGACAGAUUAACACUCUGCCUUGUCAGAGCUGCAUUUUUGGAGAUUUUUUAAAGUCUAUAUUAAAACCUGAAACAACUGUUACAGGCCUCAGGUGAUUUUUUUUUAUAAUGCAACAAAUAUGUAGACCUCCCAGUUUUUCUUCCCAGCUUAAGUUUUGGUGCCUGUUUAGCCUAGAGAGCACAAAUAAAUAUUCAAAAACUGGAUUAUUACUACUUUUUACUCAGUCCGCAGGAUAGCAAUACACAGCGGUCUGAGGAGCCAUAAACAAACCUCAACCUAAACGCCACUCUAUAGACACAAAUAAUGCUCAGAACAGGACCUAACUUCAUCAACAGGACAUAUAGGGUCACAGCCAUAGUACUAGACACCAAACAUCUUUUUAACUUUGACUCAUUUCUUUAGCAAAGAGACUAAACACAACUCACCUACUCUCUUCCAGCAGCCGCUUGUUUGUAGCGAGACCUCAGGCCAGUCCAUUACAGACUGCUGUGGAGUUUCGCAGCUCAAGGAAGAACAUUUAUGAUCAUUUUUUCAUGGAAAUACAAUCAGACCGAGACGCUAAAGCGAAAGAACUACUGCGUCUGCAGAGAAAAAUGUUUAAUAUGAUGAUUAUUACUUCAAGGAAAUGAUAAAGAAAUGAUCAUAAAUGUUUUUCGUUGAGCUGCGAAACUCCACAGCAGUCCAUAAUGGACUGUUUUGGUUGAGGUCUGUUUAUAGCUCCUCAGUCCGCUGUGUAUUGCUAUCCUGCGGUCAUUACUAAAGUUGGUAUAACUAGAGAAGUAAGCGGUCGGCAACAUUCAUCUCUGGAAGGGGGUGUCUAACUCAGUGUUACGGUUCAAAAACGCACCGAUUGUAAGAGAAAGAUGAAAAUGUUUCGAUAUGAUAGUAAUAAAUUUGUCAAACACAGGGACUUUUUGUCCCUCAUUGCCACCAUCUAUUUACUGAAGGGACGGGUGAGCAAAGGAGCAUUUCAGUCUAGUUCCUGACUGCUCCAUAUCAUUUCAUAUUUCUGUUUCCACACUGUUUUUUUAACACUAACAGCUGCUAUAAUAUGUGUCUUUAAACUGCACUCAGGAAGUUGACAAACACCAUUUAAUAUUUUUAAAUGCCAAAAAACUGAGUUUAUUUCAACUUUGAAACAAUGUCCGACAGUUUAAUAUCAUUUAAAUUUAGUAAAAGCGAGUAUAACUUCCACUUAAUGUUGCCCAGCUCAGGAUUUAUUCGCUCUAACGUUUUCUCUCGCUGCACCUGCAGGAAAAAAGUGCCGUUCUUUAAAGCCAGCGGUCUGAUAAGAAUCAGGAUGCAGCGCCUGACAGAUUGUCUUCUUUGAUAAUUUUUGCUCGUGAGUGAUCUGUCUGUGUGUGUGUGUAUGUGCUUUUUUGAUGUGCACUCAUGACUGUGGUUGCUAUUGCCCAAGGUGACAACCCGAGGGGAAGCCCACCUGGAGCUCAACGCUUUCAGGAGAAAACACGACUGUGCGCUGGUGAUAUCAGGAGACUCGCUUGAGGUACAGCAUCAGAGUGUGUGUGUGUGUGUGUAAGUGUGUGUGUGUUUGUCUAACCCUUUACCACCCACUCGUCUCUCCUUAUGAAACUCUGACAUGAUUUCUGUUUGAUACGUGAUAAUAUUGCUGCCACUGAAGCAUCUCUGGAAGUGGUAUCUGUGGUUAGACUCACUCUCCAAACCGCUGCAGGGGUUAAACUGUAACUUUGGUCGGGGGGUAUAAUUGAGAUCAGCUCCAUGUUUUGACCUUAAAUGCUCACCUGUCCGUUACUGUGGCUUUUUUUGCAGGUUUGUCUGAAAUACUACGAAUACGAGUUCAUGGAACUCGCAUGUCAGUGUCCCGCUGUGGUUUGCUGCCGGUGUACCCCCACCCAGAAGGCCCAGAUAGUCAAACUGCUGCAGGAGCGCACAGGAAAGCUCACCUGUGCAGUAGGUGAGGAGACAAUAGCACCAGUUAAACAGCUUUUUCACAGCGGGGGAUUCAGUCUAAUCAGUCUAACCAUAUUUCAACCAAAGCUCUAACCCAAAUUUAUGAGCGUGGAUGUUACACCACAGAUAAGCACGGUGCAUAUGCAGUUCUACAGUACGAUUUAGCAUUAGUGAUAACCCUGGAGGCUCUGAGAUAGGUAGAAUGAUUAUUAUUAGUGCCUUUAAAUUAAAAUUUAUUUCACUUUGUGUGUGAUGAAUCUAGAAUAUAUGAAAGUUUCACUUCUUGAGUAAAAUAUUAGGGGAAAAAAUGAACUUUUCUGGGACAUUUUUAGUUUUUUUUAAGCUGCACCUGUAUUAGUGCUCACAGCAUGAACAGCUUAACUCAUCUGGGAAGGGACCAUUAAUGUGGAAUGGUUUACACAGGUUUUGGAGCGACAUAUGCGGCCAUAUAAUAAAGCAGUUUUUUAGUGAAGACCUUGUAUAUCUCAGUAGGAAGAUGCCAAACUGCAUCAGGAUGAUAUUUUACUCUAAGAACUCUACAAACCCGUCUCCUAGGUUCCCAAAUAUUUAGUGUUUUUAAGCGAAGAGGGGGUGCAACAUACUGAGAAACAAGUCCCUGUAACAUCUGCGUUGAAGAAUAUUACUGCGAAACAUUUAAAUUGAGAAUAUUUUCCAUAAAACUGCAAAAGUUUUAUUUUUUAAGAUGUUUUCUUUGUAGUAUUUUCAAUCAAAUAUGCAAAACCAUUACAUUUGGGGUUGAUCUACUGAAUGAUCACGACCUCCCAGGGCUUGGUAAGAGCUAAUAACACUGGUAUCGCCUCUCAGUUGCUCUAUUACACUAUGAUAUGAUCAUGGAAUGUUAUUUCAAAAUAAAAUGGGAUUUUAUGAUUAACGCGUAGCCGCUGCAGUCACUGGCCAAUUUUUCAGGGCUUCUGGCAUGGUCAGUGAUUACACAAGAGGAUAUCUGGGCCAAGGCUUCAUUCUCCACGGCCUGGUCAAAUUUACGGUCAGUCUAGAGACUGAAAACUUAAGUGUAGAGUCGGGUAAGGAGAAACAUCCUAAAUCAGUUUGGUUGCUGCACUAAAUUCUUGAAGUAGUCUAUUUUCAGAGAUAUCAGUCGAGACCCACGGGUGCCGGGAUUGAAGCAGGAUUGGAGCAGAUAAAUCCUCCUGCUCUCUGUAGGAACUCCUCUUGUUCAAACAGACACAGAUUGCAGAUACAGGAAUGGUUUCUACUUCUAGGUUUAAUCAGAGCAUGAAAAAAUCUGUAUCUCGACUGACAUAGUUAGUUUUUUGACCAGCUUUUGACCUAAAAUACUUUGUUUUAACAUGAAAUAUGUGUUGCCGCCUUUCUCACCUGCGUCUUCAUGAAAGUUUUUGUCCUCCUUUAGUCGUGUUUGGUGGUUCUGCACCAUUAUCACUCAAGUCAAAGGGGAAAUUUUGACUUCUACUUUCAUAUGUUUUCAGUAGACCAAACCGCUGCUGCUGGGUAGAUGUAUGUUUACUUUGGGACCUGUAACUUUCAACUUAUUUCACUGAUAAUUGAGCUUCUUGUUUUACGGUCCUCUGAAGAGACGACCCAGCCCUUUAAUCUCCGCCUGUAUCUGUUAAAUUCCUAACAGAUCUGUCAUUUCACUUACUUUGGCUCUAAUUCUGAUCUCAUUAUCAGGCCAAACUCAGGGAGUGUCUUGUGAAAUACACACUGACAAUACUCAGUAAGAGUUUGAAAUGGUGAGUCACUGAUGUGAAUCUUGACACCUCGAUGGCUUUUGUUUUCUCUUAGGGGAUGGAGGAAACGAUGUCAGCAUGAUCCAGGAAGCCGACUGUGGCGUGGGAGUGGAGGGAAAAGUAAGACUCUCUCCAUCUCAUCCCUUCACACCGACGUGCCGCUCUCACAGAUUUUUGCUUUGUGUUUCCUGUCAAGAUCUCUCUCAUGUUCGGAGGCAUGUCGAGAGACGUGCACACAGAUGAUUCCUCUUUUUGAGGAUCUAUUGUCUGAACAGAGGAAACCGAAAUGACAGGAUGCUUUUGUGCUUAAGUAAAAGUUCGAGUCUCUUUUAAGCUGCUUUUUGUACUUCUCACUAUCCUGUCAGACGGGAUUUUUCAUACAUGUCACUGUCAGAUAUUAGAGUACAACAUACUCUGAGAAUUUUUUGUCUUUUAUAGAAUAUUUGUCUCCUACUUUUCCUGCCAUAAGUUCUCCUAGAACUGUGUUUUACAGACGGCGUGAAGGACAGCAGCCAGUUCGCUUUGCAGUGCGUGAAGAUAGGAUUAAGCUAGCUUGGCUGUGAUAAAAAUCUGCCUUCUGGCUCUUGUAAAGCUCAUGAAAUCACAUGAUAAAUCUUGCUGUACAAAAACUGGAGUGUAAAAAAACAUCAAUUUGGGGUUUUACUGUCAAAUUUGCAACAGUUAGAAACAAUCUGAUUGUAAAACCGCAAAAGACUUCCAGUGUUUUCUGACUGUUUGAGGAAAAAUGAGUCGUAUUUUCAGCUCUGAAAGGCUAAUGUUUGUCGAAUGCAGAUCUCCACAGAUCAGAUGAUGAGGGGAUUCCUGAUUGAAACUCAUGUCAUGCUUGCAGGGACUUUUCCUGCCCUGGAUCUGUUGAGCAGUUCAGUUAACACACUUGUAUAUUUGUCACUGUAUGAUCCACUCCAGAUUAGCAGUAUGAAACCUUCUCUUCAGGUCAGCAAACACAUCUCACAGCUUGUCCUCAUAUCCCUCUCUGCUCUGUGUUUGGCAGGAAGGAAAACAAGCGUCGUUGGCCGCUGACUUCUCGGUGACUCAGUUCAAACAUUUAGGCCGUCUCCUCAUGGUCCACGGUCGGAACAGCUACAAAAGGUCCGCUGCUCUCUGCCAGUUUGUCAUCCACAGGAGCCUUUGCAUCAGCACCAUGCAGGUAGAGUAAACCUAUAGGAAGAGGACUAUGGCAGCCAUGUUGGUAUGCAUCAGAAGUUCAGAAAGUCUUCAUAUAUUUUGGCUUUACUUUGACAACUGAUUUGCAAAAGCCUGACCCAAAAAUGGCCUGGAAUGGCAUUAAAUCUUCACUGUAUAAUCACAAUAGUUAAUGCAUUGUGUUUUUCUGAAUAUCCCAACAUUCAAAUCGUUUAUUUCUUUACUUACUGUCACACUUACAGCCACAAAAAUUAACUUAAAAAUGCCUUUGAACAGCCGCUGAAUCUAACCAAACCAUUUAACUGAGGAAAAAGUAAGAAAAAAGUUAAAACAGUCAAAAAAGUGCCUCCUAUUUCGUAACAAAACGUCCAUACAUGAUCGUCUUUGUUCAGGUAUCACUGGACAUUAUUCACACACACACACACACCAAAAAAAGUUGUGAUACUUUUAUGAAACUUUGCAAAUAGUUUCUUCAUCUAAAAUGCUGUAAAUACUGUCAGUGAAGGAGUGUGCAAUAUAUUAUAACUUUAAUAAUAAUGAUAAUAAUAACUUUUUUUUUAUAGCACUUUUAAAAACAGCAUCAGUACAUGGAAAUAAAAACAAAUAAAAACAAAAGCUCGGUUAAAAACAAGGCCUCUGAAUUGCGGGCCAAUUUUAUUUGUCCAAAAGAAAAACAUAAAAUAGGUUAAAAAAAAGAAAUGUAAUAAAAAAUGGGGGUAGAAAGCAGGAAACAAGAUAGUAAAUAUAAAAAGACAAUAUUGAUAAUGAUAACAAAAUCCUAACAAAAUAAUAAGGUAACACUUUCUUUUACGGUGCACUUAUUACCAGGUAAUUAACAGGUAAUUACCUAGUAACAACAUGAAAUUAUCUGGUAAUUACAUGAUAACUACGAAGUCAAUACUGUCUAGUUUUUCUUUUUUUCUUUUUUCUGUGCAGCUCCAUUUUCAAAAACAAUUUGGGGUUCUUAUUUUCUAUGAUUGACACUUGAUACAGCCUAUGGGCGUGCGAAGAUUGCGUAGCGAUACGCUGUUUGAGCCGAGUGUCAUCACAAUGACUCACUUGCCGAAUGCGUACAACGCUACUGUGAAAGUGGUGGUUCCAGGAAGCAGAGAAAAUCCUGGAAAUACCAGAGAAAUUCGGCUUCAAAUUAGUCUGAUGGAAGGUUAGACAGUAUUGACUUAGUAGUUAUCAUGUAAUUACCUGAUAAUUUCAUGUUGUUACAAGGUUAUUACCUGGUAAUAAGUGUACCGUAAAAGAAAGCGUUACCAAUAAUAAUGAGGGUAAUAGUAAUGAUAAAAUGUAGUAACUAAAAAGAGCAGGAAAAAACAAAAGUUGAAAUAAGAUAGAGGUAAAAGAGACAAAAGAGACAGAGAGAGAAAUAUAUCCAGGUGACUCGAUAGAUUGCGGGUUGCUCCAUGUGAGAGUCUUUCAAAAUAUAAACUUUAUUCACCUUAACUUAACUGUGAUUUUUCCCUUUUUCAUGCAAAUUAAAACUAUAAACUAGUUGUAUAUUUAGCUCUUUGUAUAUAAGGGUCAGAUUACAUGCUUCACUCUCGGUCCUCCACACCGAGUCAUUAAGUGAAAGUGACCAUAAAAGGCUUAAAAAUACCUGGAAAUGAGUGUUUGCUAUCUUGAGAUGUGGGCUCUGUUUAUCCACAACACCUCAAAUCUAAAUGUGAGGAAAUGAUCGGGGUGAGGCAGGGAGACGUUUCAGGGGUGGUCAUGGAAGGGUGGGGUGCACGAUGACUCAGAGGAGUCAGCCCGUGGUGCCCUUCUGAGUCCCCCCCCCCUCUAUAGCCAACACCGUCUCAAAUCUAAUUCCCAUGUCCGAGUCCAACCUCAGCCCCCGCCUGGAGGGACGGCCCAUGAGUCACAGCUCGGUGGACUUUGGGGUUUCAGGGAGGCCCUCCUCCGCAUGUCUCACAUCGACACCAACCACAACCGCAGCUGCGACCUGUCUGCCCCGCUGUGGGGCCGUCUGGAUGACAGGCUGACAGCUCAAUACUGGCAUCAUCCGUAUGUUAAAGACACAUGUUGAAAUUAGUCAGAGGAGUUUGACUUUCUCCAGAAGGGUGCUGUGGUGAAGCGAGGAGGAGUGCAGCGUUUGGUUUUAUGUGCUGGGUUCAGAUAAUUACCAAGUCAGAGUGUGGUUAGCCUUGGAUUUGUGUGUCACCAGGGUAAACUGUUUUCUUCUGCUUCUGUGAUUUAGAAAUAAACUCCUGCCUUUUGUUUUUAUCAGCGACUCUCAGGCGGGGAUGAUCCUCGUUUCCUCGUGUAUCAGCUGCCGUGUAAUUUAUGGACUAAUUGAUUUCUCACCGAGUUGUUUUCCUUCUCCUUUCCCUCUCUCUGUAGGCGGUCUUCUGCUCGGUUUUCUACUUCGCUUCAGUCCCACUCUACCAAGGAUUCCUGAUUAUCGGGUGAGAUACAAACUGAAUGGUGAUGACUUAUCUAGAGAGCAUUUGGCUGUCUUGUUUCCUUGGCAUUUCCUCUGAGUUAAAGCACUGUUGAAAUCUGAGCUGGGGAGGAAAAUAUGAAGCUCUUAUCGACCGUAUUGAUGCUGAAUUGAAGAAUGAAAUGUGUGAAACUUUUUAUAAAUGUGUUUGUUCAGCUACUCCACCGUCUACACCAUGUUCCCCGUCUUCUCCCUGGUGUUGGACAAAGAUGUGAAAUCUGAGGUUGCCAUGUUGUACCCUGAAUUAUACAAAGAUCUCUUAAAGGUAAAUCAUGAAAACUCACUCCUGCUGCAGUUUAAUACAGAAAAACAAGGAAAAAGAUUAAUGAUCUUGUGUUUUCUCUCCGCAGGGUCGACCACUUUCUUUCAAGACGUUUUUAAUAUGGGUCUUAAUAAGUAUCUAUCAAGGUAAGAAAAGGUCCAAAGCAUCAAAACAAACACGGAAAAGAAAAUCAGGUUACACGAGGCAAAAACAGACAAAUUAAAACCCUGAGAGAAAAAACUUAUAAGUAAAAUAAACACCGUCUUUUCUCUAUAUAUUUGCUUUUAGAGCCCACACACUUUCUCGUUUAUUUCCCAGUUUUAUGUCUUUAUUUGUCUGAAAGCCUGAGGUAACUUUUCUGACAUGGACCAUUUGAUGUGUAAAGGUAUUGACAGUAGCAUCUGCAGCUACGCCCUGAAACCAGUUUCUGUCAAAACAUGACCUCUUACUCAGAUUUUCCUCGGCUGUAUCUUCUCUCAGACUUUACAGAUACAAAAACAACCUUAUUGGAUGAGUAGAGGUAGAGGUUAAUGCAAAAGACUUCUCCUUUGCACAUUUCUGCAAGCCAGGGUGCAAUGCAUGUUGGUGUUUAGUUUUUGUCUGUCUGUGAUCAAACCAGAGGUAGUUUUAGAUCAGCUGUGAAGCUCUGUAUGCUGCUCAGGAGAGAGAGGAUCAAGGAGAGGAGAGAAAUAUGACGACUGUUUGACUAUCAUCCAUUCUUGUUCAGUGUUACCUGAACAUGUACCGAUAAAUCAGCGGGCCAGUCGAUUGGUGCCGAUUUCUGGCUGAUCUUUACAUAUGAAACUGAUUUUAUCCACCGAUCUUAUCUACCUCAGUAAAGGUCUGAGAGUCAGCCGUUGUAGCUUUUUGCUUUGCCAGUAAGACACACGACAGACAUCCGGAGCAUGAUCAACCAAGCAUGUUGAACACACUACAAGGAAACCUAAAACUCAGGACAGUUUAUUGGUGGAUUGAGUUUUGUUGUUAGUUUGUCCUGUAGAUUAUUAUUUUACGAACUUCCUCAAACUUUAUUUCCUUUAUUUGUAAAAGCAAAAUACUGCUGUGCGCUUUAUUUUAGUUGGAGGCUCAAAACAGGCCUGCAGUCUGACCUCUUUAGCAGGUUUGUUAAUUUUUAAAAUGUGGAAAAUAAAAGACUAAAGAAACUGAUAUAAUUUAGUAGUUUGGACAGAAAUAUUCUAAACCACGGGUGUCAAACUCAAGGGGAGGGUCAAAUCUGGCCCACAAGAUCAUAUCAUAUUUGUAUUAUUAUUGGCCCACCAGUAUGAAGUCUGCAGAUUUCCUCCAGUAUAAUAAUGUAAACUUUAGCACCAUUAUUUAAAAUGUUCUUAAUAAACCAUAAAAAUCUGGGAAAUUAAAGAGUAAGAACGAUUCGAUAAAUAGUCAAGAAUGUGGAGGAAAAAUAUUUGGUGUUUUAUUUCACGUUUUGAUUUUACAUUUCAAGAUUACAAGUCAAACAUGAUUGGAUUUUUUAUUUCAUGCUUUGAUUUUGUUCAACUCAGUAUUUAGACUUGUGUCAUUUUUAUAUUUUAGAUUCCAAUUUUAAAUUUUAAGUCAUAUUUUAACAUUUUAAACCUGAGUUCAACGUUCUCCUCAUGUAUUUGCUCUUUAAAAGCAUUAUUUUUCUAUUUUAAUAUCAUGCUCUGAUCUUUUGAACUAAUAAAUAAAAAUAGUAUAAAAAAAUUACAAAUUUUCUAUCUCAGAUUGCUUUUAAACUUAUCUUUUUAUUUUUUUGAAUUUCCAAAUGAUUUAUAAUCAUUGCUAUUUUUUAAAAAGGAGGUUGACAGUUUUGGUGAAAUGUUGACCCUGUUUGGACCCUCAGGUUCGACCUAAAUCCAGAUUAUGGCCCUUGCUGUGGUUGAGUUUGACACCCCUGUUCUAAACUUUUCAUUUUUAUUUGAGAGAUUUAGCUUAUGUGCCGUUAAAACGAACACAACAAGUUUAUAUUGUUUCACAAGUAUUUAAUGUUUUUCAUUAAAAUAAGAUUGGAGUGUCAAAGUUUUAUGUUGUCAGUUAUAUAAAAAAAAAUCGGUAUCAGCCAAAAUCGGUAUCGGCAGGUCAAGCUUUUCAAAGAUCGGUGAUAGGCCUGAAAAUUGUGAUCGGUGCACCCCUAGCGUUACCCCCUCUCUCUUCUCCACAGGGAGCAUCAUCAUGUAUGGCGCCCUGCUGCUCUUUGAGUCCGAGUUCGUCCAUAUCGUCGCCAUCUCCUUCACCUCCCUGAUCCUGACGGAGCUGCUGAUGGUGGCUCUGACCAUCCAGACGUGGCACUGGCUCAUGAUCGUCGCCGAGCUGCUCAGCUUGGCCUGCUACGUCGCCUCGCUCGUCUUCCUGCAUGAGUUCAUAGGUAAAAAAAAAACACUCACACAGGUACUAAAAGUGUCUUUUCGGCCUUGUAGAGGUCGACUCUUGGCAGGUAUCAAUUCAUUUAGAGAAAUAACAUCAACAACAACAAAUGCAUAAAUUUUUACUGCAGCCUCAGUGAUGUUAUUGUGCUUUUACCGACCUUGAAAUAGUACGUCAGCAUUCAGCAGUAAGGAGGAUAUUCUUAUUCAUAUUACCCCUCUGGUGUGUAAUAAGCUGGAUACUAGGAAGGCUAAAGGUGAGUGCAGAGACAAAUUGUCCUCAUGCCAACCAUCCUGUUAGUUUCCUGUGGACCACCAAGGUUCAUGUUUUUAUCACAGUGACGCUGAGUUACAUAAAAGCAGAACCCCGGCUCUGAAAAAGGGCUCGUAUUGUUGGUAUUUUUGUAACUCCACUACAGUCUGCAUCUUUCCGAGCUCUUUGACAUAUUUUGCUCAAACUCACAGAAAAAAAAGGAGCCAUUUUUAGCGGCGCCAAAUUAAGACCCAUGACUUACACAAUAUGCUAACCGGGAGAAUUCCCAGCCCUUAUUUUCAGCUUUAUUUGGGGUGUGGAGCUCCAUUUUCAGCCUUCAGUCUCGAACCGCUGAGGACCAUGACUGGCAUGCGGUCAAGUGUGCCCUUUUUGUACACUUUUCUUCCCUCUUGAAGGCUGACUCUUAGAGAUUCAAAACGCCUUUCCUCUGAUGCAUGUGCACUGGACAUUUUUCAAGAGUAUCUGAAACCGGCUGAACUGGCUGAAAUAGCUCCAGUAUUAAAAGAUUGUCAAGGAGUAUUAGCGAAUUAUUCAGUCCUCAGAUGCUGCAAUACUCUCAAACAGAAAACUGGUUCAUAAAGUUGGACUAUUAGCACUGAGAGCUGCUUUAACACAGCUCAGCUCUUCUGUUGGAGUCAUAAUGUUCAUGUUUCUGCAACCUCAGCCGUGUAAAGUGUUGAUAAGACAGAAUUUGAUGGUUGAUUUAAUUGAAAAUAGUGCAAGGGAGACCUGACCAAGAAUGGCAGCGAUACAGAGUUACAACAAACAGUCACACAGACUCAAUACAGAAUAAAAAUGUGAGGAAACAUCAGUUAAAACAGCGACACUCUGAGAGUUUGUCCUCCAGCCUUUUAACUGCAGAUUUAAAAAAAGUCAAAGACGCCGAGUUUGGCAGCUUAAAUUCAGUCUGCAGAUUAUUCCACACAGAGAACCUGAAGUUCGGACUCUGGGGACAAACUAAUCAAACUAAAUAUCAAUAAGGACAUCACCCAACCAGUUACUUUAUUCUGCAGCAGUGACUGGAUAUGAAAACAGCCCUCCAGAGAGAAAGAGUAAAGAGUUUUAGUAAAAUGUCAUCAUAGUAAAAAUGCAAAUAAUUUGAGAAUCAGAGGAAAACAAAAAGGAAAAAGCCAAAAACCAGCCCUAGAUGGCCCUCAUGUCUCUGACUCUGAGGUGGGAAUCACUGCAUGAGUUCAUAGUCACUUAAACUGAAACUAUAUGAACGAGAUACAGAAAUGCGAGCAACUUUUCAGGGUCUGAAACCGUUCAAGAUGGACUGAGACAAAGUGAAAAACUAAUCUGAGGUCUGACAGUUCUCCUUUUAAAAAGAAGAGGGACCAUCUGACAUAAUACUAGGGCAAAAUUGAAUGUAGGAGUUUAGCAAAAUUUCUUCUUCCAAACGAUGGUAAAAGUCCGUUAAUCCUGAAAUCUCACUCCCAGAAUUUCUCAUUAAUCUACGAGGACUAAGUUGAGUUUAAGAAUCCACCUUUCCACUUAAAACUGUUGGUGAUGCUUUGAAGGUGUCUGUCUCCUCCCCUCCCCCCCAAACCUCCUUUUCUGACCUGUGACUCUCGGCCCAAACCAGACGUGUACUUCAUCACCACGGUAUCGUUCCUGUGGAAGGUGACCGUCAUCACGUUGGUGAGCUGUCUGCCGCUUUACAUCCUCAAGUACCUCCGCAGACGCUUCUCCCCGCCGAGCUACUCCAAGCUGACCUCUUAA